CUGCUGCAUCCAUCUAUCCGUCUACAAUGAGUGAAGAAGCCUGGUUAACUUGGAGCAUAGCUCCUAGUGGGAGCGAUGCAAAUAAUUCCAACACAUUCUGCAUCAUCAAAGACCCUGAAUUUGACACCGAGAUUGAAGGUGGACUGUCCAACUGCAGCACUGAAGAGACUAUGCAGGAGGGCCAAUGGCAGAUGGUCCAAAUGUCUCAGGUCACCAGAGAGCCCAGCAACCACGUUUUAAUUCCAGCAUCUCCCACGACUGAGAGAUUCCUUUGUCAUUUGUGCCACAAAAGUUUCAGUUCUCGUGCGUACCUGCAUCAGCACAUUCGAUUGCAUUCAGGAGAGAAACCACAUGUAUGUGAUGAAUGUGGUAUGGCAUUUGCACAAAAAUGUAAUCUUAAAAUGCAUAGAAGAAUACACACUGGUGAGCGGCCAUUUAUGUGUGGGAUUUGUGGGAAAACCUUCAGCCGAUCGUCACAUUUGAAAGGUCACAUGCUCCGUCAUACUGGUGACAAGCCUUACUCGUGUGACACGUGCGGCCAGCAGUUUACCAAUUCUCAAGGGAAGAAAAACCAUAUGCGCUUGCAUUUAGGUGAGCGUCCAUUUCAGUGUGAAAUAUGCAAUGCAACUUAUGCUCAUAAGGAAUCUCUCAAAAUUCAUGUGAAAUCUCACAGACGCGAGUCACGCUACUACUGCUCCAUUUGCAAGCGUAAAUUUGUCUUGAGAUCUGCCCUCUAUGAACACAUGACUUUUCACAGUAAAAACAAAAUGUUUGAAUGUGAUCAAUGUAACAAGAGGUUUAAACAAAAAUAUUAUCUUAAGAAACACAAAAGUACCAUUUGUUGUAACCGCCCCCUGCUGCCAGAGAUCAAGGUUGAAAACGGUGUUAAAGAACCUACUCAGUUGAAAUAUCGCGUGUUGACCGCUAACGAGAAGGCUUUACCCCAGUACAGUGACAGCGAUGAGGAGGAUGACGUUCAUGAGCAGCUUAGUGUUCAGCAGGACAGUGAUGAAGAGUUCCUAGAUGGCGCCUUUGUCCGGGUAUUGCGUAGAACUGGGUAUAAAAUCUAGUAUAAAUCGCGUUUAUAUCGAUGCUUUCUCUUAUUUGAUGCAUGUUGGAUCAAGUGGGUUGUAUAAUUGUGUGUUGCCGUGUUGGCAUAAGUGCGUUGUAUAGUUGUGUGCCAGACAAAUUAUUAAGACCAAUAGAAUAAGUGCUUACAAUUAUUUAUUUUUAUUAAUUAUAUUUGCUGCGCACUAACUGAAUUAAUUCUGGGAAAACAAAUUAUUUAGAAUUGCUUUUUUAAUUGCUUUUCAUAGUUGGUUUUAUUUCAUAAUCAUUUGUAUAUUAUUUGAUUUCUAUAUUAAAAGCCAGACAACUAGAACUCAAUUUGAUAUAAUUCAUUUUAGUUAAUAAUUUGAUAUAAUUGUUACUUUAUAUUAUUAAAAUUCAAUAAUCUGUAUUGUUUAUACCAACUAUUUAUGCCGACACGAAUGUCAAGUAGGUCAAUGUCCUAGAAAACUUCUAAUAAACCGAUUUUAUCAUCUCAAACAAAAGAUCUCUUCAUGGCUGAUGCAGCCAUACAAUGAAAAAAUUUUGCGACUUUUU